ACUAUUGCUGCACUGCAUUCACACACUCUCAAAGAUAAGAAAAAAAAAAUGAAGCUCUUUUCUCUGAUACUGUUUUUCUUAGCUUUCUUCUUGCUUGGAACCUCAGCAGAUGAUGUUACCAGCGUCAUCAGCUCGUCGCUUUUUAACAAAAUGCUUAAAUAUCGAAACGAUCCUCGAUGUAAAAGCAAUGGAUUCUACACUUACAAUGCUUUCGUUGAUGCUGCCAAAUCUUUCAAUGGCUUUGGCACAACUGGUGAUAUUACUACACGAAAAAGGGAGAUUGCUGCUUUCUUUGGUCAAACCUCUCAUGAGACCACGGGAGGGUGGCCAAGUGCACCAGAUGGCCCAUAUGCGUGGGGAUAUUGCUUGAUUACCGAAACUAACAAGCAAACCUAUUGCACGCCUUCAAAUCAAUGGCCAUGUGCUCCUGGCAAACAAUAUUAUGGUCGAGGACCUAUCCAACUCACUCACAACUACAAUUAUGGGCCUGCAGGUAAAGCUAUUGGAGUUAAUCUGCUAAGUAAUCCAGAUCAAGUAGCCACAAACCCCACCAUAUCAUUCAAGACAGCCAUAUGGUUUUGGAUGACCCCACAAGGAAGCAAACCAUCUAGCCACAAUGUCAUCACUGGAAAAUGGAAACCCUCCGCUGCUGACACUGCAGCUGGUAGAGUCCCAGGUUAUGGUGUAAUCACCAACAUUAUCAAUGGUGGCAUUGAAUGUGGCCAUGGCCAGGAUAGUAGGGUGGCUGAUAGGAUUGGGUUCUAUAAGAGGUACAGUGACAUAUUGGGAGUUAGCUAUGGGAAUAACCUAGAUUGCUAUAAUCAAAAGCCUUUUGCCUAUCCACACGCUUUUCACCGGCACUUUCAUCUGACCAACCGGGAGGAUUUGGAAACCAUUCUCAAGGUGACGGUUUUUCUAAACAAAGAGGACAACCAAGUCAGAGCCGCUCACAAAAUCUUAAGGUACGAUCCUAUCCAGAAGUCAUUUGCCGCCCCGAAGCACGUGAUCAGAGCUAAUGAUCCUCGGCUUCAGAAAAUCACUGUAGCCAAGCACGGGUUUUUGAUCUUUGAAGGAUCUCUUGUCCCGGAGGGCAUCCCGUUGUCACAUGCGCACCCACCAUUCACUUCCACAAAGCACUAUUGCUGCACAGCAUUCACACUCUCAAAGAUAAGAAAAAUGAAGCUCUUUUCUCUGAUUCUGUUUUUCUUGGCUUUCUUCUUGCUUGGAACCUCAGCAGACGAUGUUACCAGCGUAAUCAACUCGGCUCUUUUUGACAGAAUGCUUAAAUAUCGAAACGAUCCACGAUGUAAAGGCAAUGGAUUCUACACUUACAAUGCUUUCGUUGAUGCUGCCAAAUCUUUCAAUGGCUUUGGCACAACUGGUGAUAUUACUAUACGUAAAAGGGAGCUUGCGGCUUUCUUGGGUCAAACCUCUCAUGAGACCACUGGAGGAUGGGCAACUGCACCAGAUGGCGCAUAUGCAUGGGGAUAUUGCUUUAUUACCGAAACUAACAAGCAAGCCUAUUGCACUCCUUCAAAAGAAUGGCCAUGUGCUCCUGGCAAACAAUAUUAUGGUCGAGGACCUACCCAACUCACUCACAACUACAAUUAUGGGCCAGCAGGAAAAGCCAUUGGAGUUGAUCUUCUAAAAAAUCCAAAUUUAGUAGCCACAAACCCCACCAUAUCAUUUAAGACAGCCAUAUGGUUUUGGAUGACUCCACAAGGAAGCAAACCAUCUAGCCACGAUGUCAUCAUUGGAAAAUGGAAAUCAUCGACAGCUGAUACUGCAGCUGGUCGAGUCCCAGGUUAUGGUGUAAUCACCAACAUUAUCAAUGGUGGACUCGAAUGUGGCCGUGGCCCAGAUAGUAGGGUGGCUGAUAGGAUUGGGUUCUAUAAGAGGUACUCUGACAUAUUGGGAGUUAGCUAUGGGGCAAAUCUAGAUUGCUAUAAUCAAAAGCCUUUUGCCUAAACAGCUCUGGUCCAAGGCCAAAAAAAUGUUUAGCCAAGUACAAUAAGGAGAUGAUAUAAAUGUAUGAAUGGGAGAUUUCUUUUCCAAUGAGAAAUCUCUAAGGUUAUGGAUAAAUAAAGAGGAAUUUAAUAAA